GCUCAUACACACAAACACGACUGUUCGUAUGUGUGUGUGUGUGUGUGCGUGCUGUGUUGGACAGCUGAAACGAAACGCUCACCGCUACUUGCUCCGCUCAGCUGUUCGAUAAUCGAGCAAUUUCUGUCCGUCGUGGUGGUGUUUAAGAGAUACUCGAAGAAAAUUGUGUGCACACAACUGAACGAUAUUAGAAGGAAAAACUACAGCAACUAUAAAAUCAUAUAUAUAUUUAACAAGUUUGCUAAGUCAAUUGUUAUUUGCGUCAUUUUGGUUCUUUUAGUUUUUUCUUUCUCGACAACAAAUUAACAACGUUUGCGUUGCUGGCUUCCCAUAAAAAGGAUAAGCCCUAAGCAUUUUCUGGGUAGUUUAUUAACAAGAAAACAAACAAGUAAAGGCAACAACGCGCCAUGGACAUACUGAAGAAAAUGUUCCAAUCGGAAUUCGAGCAGCAGCCGGAGUCAGAUGCUUCCGCAUCCGCCUCCAACAAGGAUGAGUUUCGCAAGCCGCAAUGGUUCGAGGAGGCUGAAACGGAUGACGAACUGUUCGAUGACGAUCGCAAGUUUGCUUUUCAGGUCUUCACGAGUCCAUUGGAGAUGCAGAAGCACUUCGAGCGGCAACUGCAGCGACUGCUGGAGUCAGUGCAGGACAAUGAAGAGGUUGGGCUAGAGCGUAAUUUGAGGGAGGAUUUCUUAAAGCCGGGUUUCGAAAGCAAAAUACUUAAGGAGUUUCAGAAGAAGCAUAACGCGCUAGACACCGAUCUGGAUGGAGAAAUCUAUCCCGAUCAGUUGUACUCGCUGAUACAGGGCCUGAAUCCGGAGGAGGGCCACGACAACAUUUUGCCCUCCAAUCAGCGUGGCUUGCGCCGGGCCGCGCCUCGUCCCAAGCUCUCGGACGAGGAGCUCAUCAUGGGCCGCAUCCAUGGCACUCUCAAUGCCGAUGGCGAAACGAAGCCGGCUGUGAUGCUGCCGUCACGUCCGCCGCCGAACGCCAAGCCGAACAUUAUGACGCCCAUGACACCGUUUGGCGGCGUAUUCGAUGGCACCUAUCAGGGCCCGAAGAUGUUUAGCCAGAGCGUCAUGACCAAGACGGUGCGCAAGCCCGACGGCACCUAUGAGACCACCAAGGUGACCCAAGACUCGACCGGUCAGCGAACAACCACGGUCACUCGCAUAGUGGAUGGACGCAAGGAGACGACCGUUAAAAAGGAGGGCCCUGGCAGUGCUGGGUCGACGGCUGCUAGCGUUGGAGCUGGCGGAGAUCGCAAGGCGUGCAUGAGUCGCAACAUAUUUGUGACAAAAGAAGGCUACGCCAUGCCACGGAACCUCUGGUGACCAGUGGUGAACAACUAUUGCCCCAAUCAAGAUAAGCGAACAUUGCUGCUACUACUCCAACGGCAGCAGCAGCAGCAGCAACAGUAUGAAGAUAAGCUAAAGCGAUUCGUCGGCAACAUAGUCCCACACAACAUCCAAAUUAGAACCUAUUACAUUUUAGUUUACAUUCUCUUAA